CUGUCUCCCUAAAGAGCCUCCGGGCCCGCGCCUGCGCCGUGGACGCCGCGGGUGGGCGGAACUGGUCGGGAUGAGUGGCGGAGGCACCGAGACCCUGGUAGCGUGCGACGCCGCCCAGGGCGGCGGCGGCGGCGGCGGCGGCAAGAAGCGGGACUCACUGGGGACUCCGGGUGCGGCGCAUCUCAUUAUCAAGGAUCUUGGGGAAAUUCACUCCAGGCUGCUGGAUCACAGACCAGUUACCCAAGGUGAAAUCCGUUACUUUGUAAAAGAAUUUGAAGAAAAACGUGGUCUUCGAGAAUUGCGCGUUCUUAAGAACUUGGAGAAUACAAUCCAGGAAACAAAUGAGCGCCUGCUUCCCAAAUGCAGAAAGACCAUGGAGGGCAGCCUGGGGGAGACCCUGCAGAGAUUGCAAGCAGCUAACGACUCCAUCUGCAGACUCCAACAGAGAGAACAGGAACGGAAAAAGGUGAUUAAUGACCACUUGACAGCUAGUGAGAAGCGCCGUCUGCUCCAGUGGGAGGAGUUCCUGAACGGACAGCCGAAGCGCAGAGCUGAGGUGGAUGAGGAGCACAGAAGAGCCAUGGAGAGGCUCCGAGAGCAGUAUGCAGCGAUGGAGAAGGACCUGGCCAAGUUUUCCACUUUUUAAGAAUUUGAUCUAAAAGUGACAGAUGAACAAGAAAGCACUUUCUCAUCCCCCAGUCCUCCCACCAACCAUGCAGCCUCUCCUUCCAGCUUAGCAGUGCACUCGGGGCGCUCUUAGGUCUGAAGAGACUGCAGGAGCCAGAUCCAUGUCCGGUGGAAGAAGGGGGCUUAUGCACUUCGCUGUGAUCGUCUGAAGGAGAGGAGGGACGUGGGGCACAUUACUGCUAGACAGAUUUUCUCUUUUUAGUGAUUAGCUUAGAGGGCUGUGAGUGUAGAGUUCUUCAUUCCACCAAGGGCAAAUGUUUGACCUUGGAUUAAAUGGCAGGUAUGACAACUUCCAUCACAGUAUCCUGUGACAGAGAUACCACAGGGAGCUUUGAACGCUUGCUUGGAGACACCAGGUUUUGCAGUGCAACACAGUGCCAUGUAUUUCACUCAGUGACAAGACAUACAUGAUUGGUAGCCUUGUAGCACUUAAUAAGCUAUGCUUAAGAGAAAAACCAAAAUGUAUUUUGACUUUUUCCUCUCCCAUAGAACUUACCUUGCUUUCCUGUCCAUUUUGCUCUGGGCCAGCGCUCCAAGGAACAGCGUCUGUGCAUGUUCAGCUGCUCAGUGAUAGUCAACAGAAUCUGCCAAGUCGUCCCUCCCAGGCCAUGUAAGACCGGCUCUGGGUGGGCCGAAAGUGCUCGCCCAUACAGCGGAUGAUGUAUCAGAGGCAAAUCCUCUUUGUAUUAGCAUCUGUUCUCCAGCAGGUUUGUCUGGAUGGAACACCGCUAUCUACCACCACUGUGAUCUUUCUGUGCCUGCACUUAAUCUAAGGAAGGACCGCAUCAAGUGUCAUUUGCUGUAAACUAAACAGAAGUUCAUGCACUCAUUUGAGGAGAUGCAUACCCAGUGGAUUUGAGGUGUGGGUGGGUCUUUCUGUUUUCUGUUCUUCAGUAAAGAAGGGUAAGGCAGAAAGCCCCUAACUGUCAUGUUAUCUCAGAAUUCUCCCUGCAGACAAUUGACAAUGCGUGCCUGUGUAGAUGUAUGGCCGACUGUGAAAGCUUCGCUCUUGGCUCAUGCUGAAAUGUGAUUAAAGCUAAUAGAAGAGGUGAAA